AUGGGCAUUCUCACCCUUCCCCCAGAGCUGUUGGAGAUAAUCUUGAACUUGUCGCGACCAUACAACUUUGAGAACCUAGCAUUAACUUGUAAACAGAUUUAUCAUGCAGCGUUACACAUGAUAGCUCAUCAUAACAAUCUCCGAAAGAAAUACCGCAGGUUCAAAUUCGGCUCUGAAACGGCGGAAUCCAUCCCCGAGCUGCUCGGCGAAAUUGCAGCUGAUCCCAUCAUUGCUUCGUACAUUGUUCACCCUAACUUUGGGGAGCCCAGGUGCCCCGAUACUCAACGUUUGUCACAUACUUUCCCCAAGGGUAUAUCAGAUACACUCGCGCCACUGGUCAAGCAGUCGAGACAUUUGGCGGCACUGAACAAUGAUCCCGACUCCACGGCAACUUGGCUGAAAAACAUUGCCCAACAUACCGAUGAGGAUGAGCGCCCAUUUGACGGCCCAAUCACCUUUCUUCUCAGUCUACUCCCCAACGUUGAAUCAUUGAUUCUACCUGAAAUACGUCACGAGUGCUUAGAUACGGGAGGAGAGGAAGGUGAAUUCAAUCGCAGUGUCCACGACUUAUUGCAUCUGCUCGUAACCCGAGCUAAUGACGCCAAAUUGGACGACCAACCGCUUCAAAAACUGCAUACUAUACUUCCGACACCCAAUAUCCUUGAGCAAUCCGGAGUCAACAUGGAAAUUAUAUUGCCAUUUCUAGCGCUCAAUUCACUGCGUGAGGUGUACCACGAGUGCGGAGUAUACGAGCCCAGCCAUGACGACUGCACGCACUAUCCUACCUUGGGCAAACAGGUCGAGGUGAUGAAGCUGAAGGACUACGUGAUUACCAGCGGCGGAGCUGCAGUUCUUUUUAAGAAUAUGCAGCGUCUGCGAGUUCUGGAGCUUGAGUACUCUAUGAAGGACGAGAUUGGCUACGGAUGGGAAAUCAACAAUUUUAUUUGGUGUAUGCGGAAACAUAUCGCCGGCAACCUGGAGAGACUUGUCCUAUCUGCGGGUCAGGUAUGGCCUGAUUCGGCGCUUAUGGAAUGCUCGAUGCGGGCGUUCAAAGUACUAACGCAUUUGGAGCUCGAUACUGUCUUUUUUGUCAAUAGCACUGGGUCCAUGGGAAACCUUAUUGAUGUAGAAGAGGAGUCUGAGGACGAGUCUGAGGAGGAAUCUGAGGGGGAAUCUGAAGAGGAAAAGGAUGAUGGCUUUGACGAAGAGGUAGCAGAUGAUGACGGCUAUGAUGAGAGUGACGAUAAUGAGAAACGAGAUAACGAACAAGAGGAUAGCAAUAGUCAGCAAGGCAACGAAGGGGAAGACCAGGACGAAACAGCCCAAGCAGACGACGAUGAAAAUGAGCAUCUUGCGCAGGAGAGCGACCAGGAAGACUACGACAGCUGCGAUGACCACGACCGCGACGGAAAGUGGCGAUUGGUUAGCUUGUUACCGCCAUCUUUACAGACGCUGAUAAUACACGCACCAGCCUCAAGGCGAGAUGUCAAAUGCCUGAAGAGACUAUUUGACGGAUUUGAGGAUCGUAGGGAGGCGAAUCUCCCGCUGCUGACAAAGGUCAAGGUAGUUAUGAGAAUACGCGACUGCUUCGGCACUCAUCUCGACGACUACCAACAGCAUCUAGAUCAGGCUAGGGCCGACUUUGGUGACAGGAGCUUUAUUGAGUUCACUUCUUGGCAGUAG